AUGGAAGAGGUAAUUCAUGGUCAAAUAAAAGGCAAAGGAAUUGACGAUAUCGAUGAGCUAAUUUUAGACUCAUGGCAUGGAUCAGAAAUAUCAACAGAAGAAAAAAAAAUGCUCGAAGGAUACCCAAAUAUCUGCUUCUUGAGCUUAGCUGGAUGCGGAUUGGAUUCUUUAGCCAAUUUUCCUUAUCUUCCAGGCCUUCUCCAGCUAGAACUCUCCAACAAUAACAUCAGAAAUGGCUUAGAAAAUAUAUCUUGCCUAAAAGAAUUAACUCAUCUCUCUUUGGAAGGAAAUCAAUUCACAAAUAUCGACGAUCUAAAGCCUCUCGCCAAGCUUUCUAAAUUGGUCUCAUUAGAGCUCAUUGGCUGCCCAAUUUCAGAAAUUGAAGACUACGGUAAAAGUAUUUUUGGUAUGAUGCCUGAGCUACAAAUACUAGACGGCUGUGAUGCAGAUGGAAACGAAAUAUCAAUAUUAACAAAUGAAGAGGAAGAGUAUGAUGAAGACGAAAUUGAUGAAAGUGAAGGCGAAUAUAAUGAAGAAGAGGAUUAUGAAAGUGACGAAGAAGAAUUACCGAUGAAAAGACAAGGAAAUAGAAAUUAUAGCGAAAGCGAUGAGGAAGCUGGCGCAAAAAAGCCUAAAAAACACAAGUAA